AAUCAUCUAAAAAUUAAUGGGAAAAUUUAGCAAGAGAGGACUUUCUGGGUUCUCCGGCUCUUCCACUGCAGAAGAAGUUACUCAAGGAAUUGAUGGAACUAGUCUUACUGCCAUUGUUACAGGAGCCACAAGUGGUAUCGGUUUAGAGACACUGCGUGUUCUUGCGUUGCGAGGUGUCCAUGUAGUGAUGGCAAUACGGAACAUGAAUUCUGGGAAGAAGGUGAGAGAAGCCAUCCUAAGAGAAAUUCCGGAUGCUAAAAUUGACGCUAUGGAGUUGGAUCUCAGCUCAUUGGCCUCUGUAAGAAAAUUUGCAGCAGACUAUAAUACCAAAGGCCUACCACUGAACAUCCUUAUUAACAAUGCAGGGGUUAUAACUCCAUACAAGCUCUCUGAAGACAAUAUAGAGCUCCAGUUUGCAACUAAUCAUUUAGGCCAUUUUCUUCUCACAAAUCUCUUGUUGGAGAACAUGAAACGCACAUCACGAGAAAACAAUAGAGAGGGGAGGAUUGUUAAUGUAUCAUCAGUUGCCCAUAAAUAUUCGUACCAUGAAGGAAUUCGCUUUGAUAAAAUCAAUGACGAAUCAAGCUACAACAAGUACUUCGCAUAUGGCCAAUCCAAGCUUGCAAAUGUAUUACAUGCUAAUGAGCUUACAAGGCGUCUGAAGGAAGAAGGGGUGGAGAUAACUGCUAAUUCUCUUCAUCCCGGACUAAUCCACACCAAUAUUGUGCGCUUUGGUGAUGGUAUUUUACAUUAUAUUGCAAAGGUGCUGGGUGCAUUUAUGAGUCUUUUCAUUAAAUCAAUUCAGCAGGGUGCAGCAACCACAUGUUUUGUGGCACUUCAUCCACAAGUUAAUGGAGUAAGCGGCGAAUAUUUUGUUGACUGUAAUGUUGCCGAAGCGAGCUCUUUGGCCAAAGAUGAAGAUUUGGCUACCAAACUCUGGGAUUUGAGCUUGAGCUUGACCAAUCUCAAGUAGUGGUACAGUUUUAUCUGUUGAUGAGUCCUGGUGUAAGUGGUUCUCUUCUGCAGUGUUUCUUAUGAAAUAAAUUGCCAAAUCACACUUGAACCAUACGUCCAUACUUGUAACUUAUUAUCAGUUGGCCAUCAAAUAAUGUGUCCUACUCGAUGACAUUGUUCCAUAUAUAAGAGCAAGUAGUGAGCAACACUCAAUUCUAAUGCUUAUUAGUUAUUACCA